UAAAACCGCGCUUACAUAUGUACGCGAGGUCCCGAAGGCAAUUGAGAGAGAGAGAGAGAGAGAUUAAGAGAAAUGCAGAUUUUCGUGAAAACCCUAACGGGGAAGACUAUAACAUUAGAGGUUGAGAGCAGCGACACAAUCGACAAUGUCAAGGCGAAGAUUCAAGACAAGGAAGGUAUCCCUCCGGAUCAGCAGCGGCUUAUCUUCGCCGGUAAGCAGCUUGAAGAUGGCCGUACCCUUGCCGACUACAACAUCCAAAAAGAGUCUACGCUACACCUGGUACUGAGACUUCGAGGAGGAAUCAUAGAGCCUUCUUUGAUGGCUCUGGCUCGGAAAUACAAUCAGGACAAGAUGAUUUGCCGCAAAUGUUAUGCCCGUCUUCACCCUAGAGCCGUGAACUGUCGGAAGAAGAAGUGCGGUCACAGUAAUCAGGUGAUGACAACCAUUCUCUCUUUCAAUGUUUAUCUACUUAAAUAAAAAAUCUUUAAAUUAAAAUUAGUUAUUCUGCAGUUACUGUUUAAAGUUAGGUGAAUUAAUUUUUUGAAUUAAAAGUUGUACAAUGUAGAUUGUUUGUUUGGUUGAAUUUGGAAAUUCUAGUAAGCAUUUUAAUAAGAUGAACAUUAAUACCCUUGACAUGUGUAUACCCAAUAAAUGUGAAUAAUUAUAUUUUCAACGCCAAAAAUUACUAAGAACAUGUACUUUAAAAAAUACAUAUCAUAAAAUUCUCAACAAUCAUAAAUUAAAACAAAAUUAACACUUGAUAAGCCAAUUUACCAAAAUAAUUGAGGUUAUAUGGUGUUAAAAAUUAAUAGUUAAAUCAUAUUGUUAUAGCUUACAGAACAAUAAUAAUAUUAUUUUCUUUUUAUUAAUAAUUUAUUAUUUUAUUAUUAUUUAUUUUCUCAACCUACAUUUUUUUAUGAUUUUAAUGAUUCAUUUCUACAAUCUGCUUAUUUCAUCAGGGUAUUUUGAAAUUAGGUAUUUAUGCCAAUUACUUUAACUGGGGCUCUCGAAACGGUGUCUUUCAUGACAUUAUGUAUCCAAAAUCAAUCACAAGUCAUUCACACCAUCUUUUUGGCAUUCCUGGUGGGAUUAAUUAUGUCAAUUACUAGAGGUGAUCAAAAGUUGUCUCCAGUGGCAUUUGCAAGGUAUAGUUAAAAAAAUGACUUAAAGAAAAUGUUGAACACAUUCAAUACUAAGGAGGGAUAGAUUUGGGAAGAAUGUAAUUCAAGAACCUAUUGUGCCAAUGUUUUUAAAACUAACACAUAUCUAGUGUACAUCAAGAGAUGCUGUACUUGUAGAUAUCGAUUAUCUAUACUCUUUCCUGAGGGGUUUUAAGGUCUGAAUUUUGACUUAUUCUUGGGAGAAGAUAAUCAAUUUACAAUUGAGAUAAUAAAUUUACAAUUGAGCAUAUAGCAUGGUUUUGGUAAUGUGCAGUGGCUAGAUCAGAAGAAAACAUGAGAUUACAAUUGUUUUCAGUUUCCCUUUUCAGGUCUGCCUUCAGUAGGUAUGUGAGUUUGACUAUAGGAUCCAUUGCGAUUUGGGAAGAGAUGGAAAUCUUGUUUCGCUGAAAUUUUGUUAACAUUGGGCUUGAAGUUAGAAUAGAUGAUGUCGCCUAAGUAGAACAGUAACAUGGAAAAUUAGUGAACAAUUCAUCACAAGGUUUAGGCGAGUUAGGAGCAGACUUUUUGUGUUCAAAAAGGGGUGUAAGCCUUGCCUUUUAAUAGUCUAUCCAUGCGGAUGAAAAUGCACUUCCAUGCAAGUGAGUUAUCAGACAUUUGCUAGCUAACAAAGGAUACGGCAACCUAUCAGAGACUCCUUGGUUGAAUAGAGAAAGACAUCUUCUAAGAGAAAAACAUCUUUUGGAAGGACAUUGUCUCUCUGCUCAGUCUCAGAUUAGUCUCUCAUAGCUUGCCACCCAUGUUGUCAGCUGGCAAAGGUCUGAAAACUCACGCGAGUCGAAGCACCUUUUCAUCUACAUGAUUAGGCUGUUAAAGGCUAGGUUUACACAUUUGACAUUUACUUGACUUGCAUAAACUUGGCGACGAACUUGCUAACAUUUUCUUGACUUCCUUCUUUAGCUUUACCCUUGUGGAUUGGUGCUCCUGUAAGCACCUUUCCAAUUGCUUUUGUAACUGGUGGUAUAGUUGGUCUCGUUGGGCGUAUAGAAAAUGACGUUUGAUAGAAAUCUGUUUAGACAUUCUUUUAAGAUGGCGUGGAUGGUUUGUAUUUGAUAUGGUUGAAUGUGGAUGAAAGGGAUCAUUAUGCCAGCCCCUGUAAGAUGUAUGUAAUACCUUAUUUCAGAAUACUUUAUUGAAAUAUAUGGAUAUUUGGAAAAGUGAAUAGGAGGGAGAAGAGAUAAAAAUAAAAUAAUAAAAUAUAUUUAAAAUAAUAAAUUAUUAAUUAAAAUGAAAGUAAUAUUAUUAUUCUGUUGUAACAAUAUAAUUUAAUUAUUAAUAUUUAGACAUCAUAAUAUCUCAAUUGUUUCAGUUAAUUGGAUCAUUUUCAGUGUUGAUUUUUGUAAAAAAAAAAAAGAAAAAAAGUCAUGAUUGUUGAGAAUUUUAUGACAUGUAUUUAAUUAUGUAGAUAAUUUUGGUAAUUUCUUUAAUAAAUUUUAUGUUAAAAAUAUACGUGUUCUUUAUGUAUUGCGCAUACACAUGUAAAGGUAUAAUUGUCAUCUUCAUGAAAUGCACACUUAGAUUAUCAUGUUCUACCAAAUAUUGGCAUGAGAAUCUUGUGUAGCAAACCUAGCAAAAAUAUUUUUGUGAUGCAGAUAUUCCAUUAUUGAGAAUGAGAUUCUUAAAAAUGUCAUUUUAUGAGAAUAUUUUUGGCACUACAAACCGAACAAACCCUAAAUCUUAUGCUUCUUUUUGCAGCUGAGGCCCAAGAAAAAGAUCAAGUGAACUCUCUCCAACUGUAUUUUGUUUUUUGUUUUUUCGCUUUGGAGCUGGAAUGUAUCGUAGGAAAUGAAAGAUCUUGAAUAAUAUUAGUUGAGAUUUUGGAUUAAUGUAAGAUGCAGACUCUUGACCAUUUCUUAUUUCAAGUGUUUUACCAUCUA